GUCCCAUUGCCAUCCCUACUCCUAUUAUCUAUCCUCCCACUUUUUCAUUGUCCUACCAAACGGAGCCAUAGUUGACUUUCCUUUAACUCAUUUCUUCUAGCUUGGAGCUUCAUCUCUUCCCAGAAUUGGGUAAUGAAUUUGAGUGUUGAGAUAUGAAAAUUGAGUACUCUCUAAACCAAACAAUUUUCCCUCUCUUUCUUACUUUCUCUCUACCCAAACACAAAUUAAAUAAAAAUGUCUUCUCCAUCUCCAUGUUCUUCUUCUCGGUCUUCUCAAAGGUACCGCAUAGGCUACGCUCUUUUACCCAAAAAAGUUCAAAGCUUCAUCCAAAACUCUUUAAUCAACCAAGCCAAACAACGCGGCAUCGAUCUCAUCAAAAUCGACUCCACAAAACCCUUAACCCAACAGGGACCGUUCGAUUGCGUCAUCCACAAACUCUACAGCAGCCCCGAUUGGAACGACCAAUUGCAGCAACUCUCUCUCCAUCACCCAAACGUCGUCGUAAUCGACUCUCCGGAAUCCAUCGAGCGUCUCCACGAUCGAACCUCCAUGCUCGAUGUGGUUACCAGCUUGAAAAUCCCUAAAAGGAACCAAACGUUUGGGGUUCCAAAACAGAGAGUAGUGCAUGAGUCUGAGAAUCUUAUGGAUUCGAUUGAAGAAGCAGGGCUGAAGUUUCCGUUGAUAGCGAAACCGGUAACGGCCGACGGCAGUGCCACGUCGCACGAGAUGUCCUUGGUGUUCAACGAGAACGGGUUAAAGAAAUUAAAAAAACCAAUUGUGAUGCAAGAAUUUGUAAACCAUGGCGGAGUGAUUUUCAAAGUGUAUGUGGUGGGAGAACACGUUAAAUGCGUGAAGAGGAGAUCGUUGCUGGAUAUAUCUGAAGAAAAACUGAAUAGUACGGCGGUGGAUGAGGGUUUGUUGUUGUUUUCACAGAUAUCGAAUUUGGUCGCAAAAAAUGAAGUUGGGGGAUGUUCUGAGCUGGAGAAGGCUGUUAUUGCGAGAAAUAAAGGGAAGGGAUUUUGUUGCUCUGAAGUGGAUGAGCUUGUGGAGAAGGCGGAAAAGCCACCUUUGGAGUUUGUGAUGGAGUUAGCCCAAGGGUUGAGGGAGGCACUGGGGCUUAGGCUUUUUAACUUUGAUUUGAUUAGGGAUAGUCGAGAUGGGAAUAGGUACUUUGUUAUUGAUAUCAAUUACUUUCCUGGGUACGCUAAAAUGCCCGACUAUGAGUCGGUUUUGGUGGACUUUUUUUGUGAUCUUGUGGAAGAGAAGAGGAGGAAGGUGGAAUUGGGUGUGAAGGAGAAUCAAGAGGUGAGAUGUGGUGAGAUUGAAGAGAAAAAUCACUUGUGUGAGUAAUGCUUUGUGUGUGUGUUAAUAAGCAAGGUAACGCGGUUGGGUUAAGCAUUUAUGGUUUACUCAGCUGAAUGGAUCAAGUCUUGACGCACAAGUACCUUUUCGGCUUUUUGUGUGAAUUCCAUAUAUUGUUCUGAUUUCGCCAGAAGGAGGUACCUUUCAAAUAGUUGAAGGCUUGAAGCCCGAAUUCAAUCCACCUUUCGGUUACUUGAAGUGCUAAUUUAAGGGAAAUGUUUUGCCAAGCAUGUUCAGACAUGUGUUGAACAAGCAGGCAGCUGUGUCACUGAAGUAUUUGUGUCCAUAUGUGUUGGCAAGGAAUACCAGGGUGUUUGCCGUGUCUCUGCUUCCUAGGAUCCAUCCUCUCUUCCAAAAACAGAAGCUUAAAUAAUAAAAUUUGUUGUUUUGGGAAAAAAAAAAAAGGAACAAUAUUUCAUCUCCCUUAUGUUUCCCUUUAAAUUGAAAUCAAUUUGAUAAAGUCUAGGAAGAAAUUCUAAAAUUUAGGAGGUUCAAUGGUUUUUGCUGAGCUAGCUAAUUUUGGUAAAUUUUUAUGGAAAUGACAGUGAGAUUUUGAGACAUUUUCUUUUGUCGUAACUGGUUUCCUAUUUGGCCUGCGGGCGAACUUCUCAUUUAUUAUUUAGGGCAUUGUUUCUUGUGGUAUGUUUUACAGGCUGCUGCAUAGAUGAGGUCCCUUCUGUUCUAAUCUUAUGUUAAGCUUCCUCUUUACCUAUUAUAAAAUAAUUGUGAAGGAAGUUUUUGUUAGUGACUGUCCUCUGUCCAAUGCUAGACUCUGAUCUUCAUACUGACUGUGGACUAGCAUUACAUUAUUCUGAGUUUGUUACUUCCCUUUCUUUUUUCUUUUUCUUUUUUUCUGAUAAAUAUUUAAGUUAUUGGAAAAAUAAGAUGCUGGUAUCAGGGUUUGGUCAUUCUAGUAGCAUCUUACUGUUAAUAUAAAUGGGAAGGGAGUGGGGGAGGUUAGUUAAGUAUUUUGUCAAUCUUAUAUUUGAUUUCCGAUUUUGGGUGUUCCCAGCACGAUGGUGUUCUAUGGAGUUGCAGUGAUUCCAUUGUGAUUUGAUGACAUGUAAUCCAUUUCCAAACGUUAAACAUGAUAAAUGACUUCAUUUAUUUUUGGGGUCAUUUUUUGGCA